UCCCCCAAACACUGCUGAGUCACCGCUCCCUCGGACACAGAGGCUUCAAAUGAGUGGACGGCGAAGAUCGCAGAAACAUUCAGCGAGCGGAGGACGAGCGACCGCAGGAAAACAAUGAUGAAGCCAUUCUUUGUGCUCGCGUGUGUGAGUUUGAUUGUCCAUGCAGAAGCUUCAGGGGUUGACCCCAGAGGAUCUCGUCCAGUUGAACAGGGCACCAGGUCGGAGAAAUGUGCCACUCAGAAGGAGUGGCCGUUCUGCACGGAUGACGACUGGGGGUCCAAGUGUCCCUCAGGCUGUAGGAUCCAGGGACUGAUGGACAAAAAUGACCACAGUCUCGUGAAGAGGAUCGAGAAGAUCCGCAACAUCCUUGACCUGAACAAAGUCCGGCACCGGUCCACGGACCAGGUGUCCAAACAGACCUACGACUACCUGAAGGACAAACUCCUCGUCGAUGCCGACAAUGACAACAACUACUACGGCCUGGCCCAGAAUCUGCGUCAGAGAAUCACCGACAUGAAAAUCAAAAUCGACCGACAGCUGAGGAUCCUCGCGGCCAUGAAAGAUCGCGUCAAAGACCAGGUCGUCGAGAUGCAGAGGCUGGAGGUGGACAUCGACAUCAAGAUCCGUGCCUGCAAAGGCUCCUGCAGCAGUGCCACAGCUUACGAAGUGGACAAGGACAGUUACGUGGCUCUGGACAAACAGAUUGAUCAGCUGGACUCUCAGUCGAGUCAGAGCGUGCAGUCCGUGCGGACGCUGUACGUGAUGAAGAGCCGGCUGCUGCGGGACACGAAUGUGGACACCAUCUUCAAGUCCGGUCCUGGCUCCACAGUAGCAGCACAGCAGACUGUAGACGUGUUCCCCGAGGUGAAGACCAUGCAGUUGGUCCUGGAGGAGGAAGGUUCUAAAACAUCUCCAGCAACCGUCUCCAAGGACUCAGGUACUUCCUACUCAUCAUCAUCAUCAUCGUCCUCCACUGUUUCCUCCUCCUCGGGUAAAUCCCUCACUGAGCUCAGCGGAUCCACCGGCGGUUCUUUGGGUGGAGGAUUUGAUUCCCAAAGUCAGCCCAGUACGUCCCACAUAACCACAUCAACUGUGUCUUGCACCAAAACCGUCAGGAGGAUCAUCGUCCACACAAAGGACGGGCCAGUGGAGAAGGUGGAGGAGAUAAUGGAGGGAGGUCCCGGGUGCAAGACUGUGACCGACUUUAGCAAAGGAAGCCUGGCCACUCUGUUCCCCUCCCUCACCUCCUCCUCGUCCUCCUCGUCGUCGUCCUCCUCGUCCUCCUCCUCGUCUGUCUCCUCUAAGGCUUUCCAGGUCGAUGGAACUAAAGGAAGCCUCACCACAAGUUCCAACAGCGGACUCGGGGACCCGUUUUCCUCCGACAUGGGCAUAGACCUCGGCGCGUUCCUCACCGACAACGGAGAGGACGACGUUCCGGAUUUCCAUGCCCGGAGUGUGAAGAGCGCACGCGUUCAGCGACAGGCCGAUUAUGUAGGACAAGAUUGUGUCGACGCCCACCAGAAGCACCUGAAAGGGGAAACAAACGGCCUGUUUAAGAUCAAACCCGGCGGCACGCACACCACCGAAGUAGUGGAGGUUUACUGCCAGCAGGAGGGGCUAAUGGGCGGGUGGUUGUUAGUCCAGCAGAGAGAGAGCGGCACGCUGAGCUUUAAUCGCACAUGGGCCGAAUAUCGCAGUGGGUUCGGCUCGGUUGACGCGCGGGGAAAGGGGGAGUUAUGGCUAGGCAACCAGAACCUCCACUUGUUGACUAAUCGGGGUGAGACAAUGCUGAGGGUGGAGCUUGAGGAUUGGGAAGGGGGCAUGGCCACCGCCGAGUACACAAUCAGUAUCGGUUCAGAGGGGGAGGGGUUCCCACUGCAUGUGUCUGCGUACACGGGGGACGCCGGCGACGCUCUAGUGGCGCCAAAGACCAACCGGGCGUCUUAUCCGUCCCACAACGGAAUGAAAUUCAGCACCUACGACAAUGACGGCGACGCAACGAUGUUAAACUGCGCGCAGCUUUACGGUGGCGGGUGGUGGUACAACAACUGCGGCUCAGCCAAUCUGAACGGCUUUUAUUACAAAGGCGCGUACGAAAUUAAGCCGUUUGGGAUUCCGAACGGGGUCACGUGGGUGACGUACAAACCAGACAACUACAGCCUGAAAACUGUCAGGAUGUUCAUUCGCCCGGCUACGUUUUAAUCGGACACAGAGAAACGUUAAAAAAAUUGAUGAAAAGGGAAACGUAAUCGCAUUCACAGAGAAAAGAUCAGUGAUGGAUUUCAGAACCAUGUCAAACUGUGUCCUCGUGUCUGCCACGUGUUUUUGUCUUGUGUGUAAACGGAUUGAUUGAUCUGUUUGCUGUUGUUACCAAACCUGAUGUUGUCAAUGUCGCUGAACUCUGCACGAUCAAUAAAGAGUCAACGUUCACCUCA